CCCAAGGGCAAAAAACAAUGGGGACCAAGGCCGACGCAGCUCCCGGCGGCGGCGACGAUCUGGCGGCCAUGCGCGAGCAGUGCCGGAGCAUGGAGGAGGCCAUCACCUUCCGCCGCGACGCGCAGCUCGCCCUCGUCGGCUCCCUCCAGCGCCUCGUCCCGGACCUGGUCCCCACCCUCGACCGCUCCCUCCGCCUCGUCGCCGCCUUCAACGCCCGCCCCUUCGCCCCCACCCCGAACCCCAACGCCGCCGCCGCCGACCCGCAGAACCCCAGCAGCAACCUCAAGCCGCACCACCGCCGCGCCGCCCCCGACCCGGCGCGCUCCACCCGCCGCAAGACCUCCCCGGGCUCCUCCCCGGCCUCCGCCCCCGCCCCCGGCGGCCUCGACGCCGUGCGCACCAUGGUCGCCGUCUUCCUCCUCGAGCUCGUCCCCUUCGCCGAGACCGACGCCGCCGUGCUCGCGCGCCGCCUGCAGGCGGACACCUCCUCCGCCAGCGACGCCGAGCGGGCGGCUCUCGCGGACCUGGCCACGGAGCUCGGCGGCUCCGUGCCCGCCGCCGUGGCCCUCGCCCUCCGCCGCAUCGCUGAGGACAGCGGCGGCGUGCAGAUCGAGGAGGCCAUGAUUGGAGGCAAGCAGAUGAUGAUGGUCUGGGCCAUCGACCGGACCAAGCUCCUCAAAGAGCUGCCGGAGUCCACCACAUUGUUGCCGCCCCAACCUCCACCCGCUCCUCAGCCAACCUCGUCGGAGACCGAUACUAGCACUGCAAUCGUGCCAAGACCACCACCACAGCAGCAGCAGCAGCAGCAGGAUAUGUGGGCACACUCGAUGCCACCCAUGUUCCCACGGCCCAGGGGUAUGCCAAUGCCGGGGAUGCAGAGGAUGAUGCCAGGGUUGAUGCGGCCCUUCAUGGCACCAAGCGGAGUUAUCUCAAUGGGCGCAGGUGCUGGGCCUAUGCCUACCCAGCAGAACCAGAGGACCGAGGAGGAGGACCUCAAGGACCUUGAGGUGCUGCUCAGCAAGAAGACAUAUAAGGAGAAGCAGAACACCAAAACUGGGGAGGAGCUGCUGGAUCUCAUUCACCGCCCAACAGCAAAGGAGACCGCUGUCGCGGCAAAGUUCAAAACAAAGGGUGGUUCCCAGCUAAAGGAGUAUUGCACCAAUUUGACUAAAGAAGAUUGCAGACGCCAAUCUGGUUCCUUUGUGUCCUGUGCUAAGGUUCACUUUCGGCGUAUUAUUGCUCCACAUACUGAUACAAAUCUAGGAGAUUGCUCUUUUCUGGACACCUGCCGUCACACUAAGACUUGCAAGUAUGUCCACUACGAGCUUGAUCAAACACCUGAUAUAGCUCCAAUGAUGGCUGGCGCCCUUGCUCCCCCUAGGCAAAUAAAGCCCCAUAGAGCUGAAUAUUGUUCAGAGAUAGAGCUUGGAGAGUCGCAAUGGAUAAAUUGUGACAUUCGGAACUUCAGAAUGGAUAUCUUAGGACAAUUUGGUGUAAUCAUGGCUGACCCCCCGUGGGAUAUUCAUAUGGAACUGCCAUAUGGCACAAUGGCAGACGAUGAAAUGAGGACUCUUAAUGUUCCUGCUUUACAAACAGAUGGUUUGAUUUUCUUAUGGGUCACUGGGCGUGCAAUGGAACUUGGUCGGGAGUGUUUGGAGCUCUGGGGAUACAAGCGUGUUGAGGAAAUUAUUUGGGUGAAGACCAAUCAACUUCAACGCAUUAUCCGAACCGGCCGUACUGGCCAUUGGUUGAAUCACAGUAAAGAACAUUGUCUUGUUGGAAUAAAAGGGAGCCCCUUAGUGAACAGGAAUAUAGACACUGAUGUUAUUGUUGCUGAAGUGCGCGAAACAAGCAGAAAACCUGAUGAGAUGUACGCCAUGCUAGAAAGGAUAAGCCCAAGAACAAGGAAGCUCGAACUUUUCGCAAGGAUGCAUAAUACGCAAUCUGGAUGGCUUUCUCUCGGUAACCAGGUAAGUGGAACGAGGCUUGUGGAUGAAGGGCUGAGGGCAAGGUACAAGGCUGCUUAUCCUGAUUUCGAAGUGCAGCCGCCAUCACCUCCCAGAGCAAGCGCACCUACGGAUGCUGAUCAAAGUACUCCAUCACAGAAGCCGGCUGUAUCGGAUGGUGAGCGCCCAACCUGAUGCUGGUACCUUCUGAGGACCUGACUGUGCUUGACGUUGAGGAGUCAUCUUGCAAGGAUCUACUGUUGUUUAACUAGUCUUUGUCACCUGUAUCCUUUUUGUGUUGUAGUUGUAGAGAAGGAGCAAGUGUAAUUCCUUCAGCGAUACAUUGGCAACAUGCUUGCCCGUGUGGCUGUACACGCUCAUCAGUCCAACUUCAGUAUACCUAAGUUCAUAUAGAAUCACCCAGUGUCUGAUGAAUUGCA